UAGAAUAAACAAAUUUUUCUAUUCUCUUUUACUUCAAAUUGUUUAAUUUUCUUUAAUUCAAUUAAAUUGUAAUAUUUUCCAUUCUAAACAAUGGACUGGUAAUCAGUUAAUUUUACUAAUUGUUCCUCAGGCCUGACAAGUAUAACAAUCAACAAUUGGGGCCUUGGAAUUAAUACUGUUACAUCUGUUCUCUAUUUGGACUUAAUCACUCAUUUGGAACCUUAACGAUUCUUCAGAAGAACUUCUUUAUUUACCUUGACGUUUAUUUUUCUUCUUCUUCAAUUUUCUACCUUUAAUGGUUUAACCACUGGUUCCAUUUGGUUCCUUUUUCUCAUCAACUAAUUUUCCACCCAGUGAUUUUGUGGCGGUCCAAUUACCUCAUAUACUGGAAUUUACCUUUACACCGAAACAAUUUUCCAUCCAAAUUUUUACUUUUCUUUCUUGAGUCUAAUCGUUUAAUCUCAAGAAAUUUGACUAAAGGUAUCAACAUGGAAUCUCAUCUGAAUACUUACCUUUUAUUAUUGAGCCUAAUUGGCUUUUUUUGGUUACCUGUUACGUUUGGUCAACAAGAGCCGACAAUCUCAUUCAUCAGUAAGGAGAAAAUUGUUGAUUUAGGAGAGACCGUUGAACUUUCUUGUGACACACUUUACGCAAGCGGUUAUGCUAUUCAAUGGAUUAAAUUAAGUGACCCAGUGAUUAUCCUUUCCUCUGGAUCAACAAACUAUCUGGGUGAUAGAAUCAUGGUUGUUCGUGACGGUGAUAAAUACAAGUUGCAUAUUCGAGAUGUUCGAGAAGUAGAUAAUGGUGAAUAUAUGUGCCGAAUCACUAUGGUAUCAUCAUCGUCCAAUAUUCAAGCCUCUGUUAAUUUAACUGUUCGUAUCCCUCCAGUUAUCAGUGAUGACAGUACUCGACAUGUAAUCACAUCAGUUAAUACAUCAAAAGUUACUCUUAAAUGUUUCGCCAAUGGUCAUCCUAAACCAAGAAUCUCAUGGCGUCGUGAUGGUAACAAAGAGCUACCUGGUUAUGGUGCUCAUUUCAUUGGAUCUGAAUUGGUAUUAACCAAUAUUUCAAUCAAUCACCAAGGAACUUACUAUUGUAUUGCCGAUAAUGGUGUUGCUCGUGGAGAUCGUCGGGCUGUUUCAGUUGAAGUUGAAUAUCCUCCUUUGAUUACUGUUCCCAAAGAAAGAGUUGGUCAAGCUCUUAAUCAUAAUCAACUUUUGGUCUGUAAAGUUCGUGCCUUCCCUUUGGCCUCAAUAUCUUGGUAUAAAGAGGGUGAUGACUAUCAGGAAAAUUUAUCGAACAGUAAAAAUUACAACAUUUCAAUAUUUCAGACUAACAAUGAAUUUGAAUUUACAACAAUCUUGCGAGUUCAAAGAAUCGAGAAACGAAACUAUGGUCGAUAUUAUUGUCAAGCCUCCAACAAAUUGGGAGCAUCAAAAGCCAGUCUCGAAUUAGAGGAAACUCAGAAUGUUAUCUGUCCACCCGAUUGUUCAUCCAUAUACUCAGACUACGGUAGUGGUUCAUUUUCAUCUCUCAAUCAACAAUCAAGUGCCUUAAUUUAUUAUUAUUUAGUAAUCACAAUUUUUGCCAAGUUAUACCAAAACUUUUUAUUCUAAUUAGUUAAAUAAUUAAUUCACCUCAGCACAAUGGACACCAAGGCUCGUAUUCACCUCAAAGAGAUUAACUUUGAUUUUGAAACUAAAUCACUUCACCUCAACUUGAUUGUUUCACCAAUCGAAAUCACAAUUUGCUCUAAGAUCACAGUUAACUGUGGAUGGAUUUUGAAAACUCAUCAAGCUUAAAUUACAUGAUCGAAUCUCUUUUUUCAUUCCUAAAACCCGUUGAUCAAAUCUAUUGGAAUCAAAAAGCCUUUUAAUCAAUUUAUACCUAAUAGAAAAUGGUUUAUACGAAAAAUAAACAUCAAUUCUCAAAUUUUCA